UCUGGUUGAAAACGAAAUGUAAUAAAGAGACAGAGAGAGAGAGAGAGAGAACGGAACAAGGGCGACGCGCACAGGUUUGGGACCAGCUCUCCCUCCUUUCUCUGUUUCCAUCGAACUUUAAAUUUCGGAGGAGAGUUGAGGAGAGAGGAAAGAAGGAGAUGGGUCGUGGAGGUGAGAGUAGAGAUUCCCAGGAUGAAGGGGUAAUGGCUACAGAUUUUUUCUGGUCGUACACUGACGAGCCCCAUGCCUCACGGAGAAAAGAGAUCCUCGCCAAGUAUCCUCAGAUUCGAGAGCUUUUUGGACCCGAUCCCUGGGCUUUCAUCAAGAUUAGUGCUGCUGUUCUCAUUCAGCUAUGGACUGCAACCUGCCUUUGCAAUGAUGGUUGGCUAAAGAUACUCACAGUCGCAUACUUCUUUGGCUCCUUCCUCAACCACAAUCUCUUCCUUGCCAUUCAUGAGCUUAGCCAUAACCUAGCCUUCUCAACACCAAGCCUCAAUCGCUGGCUGGGGAUUUUUGCCAAUCUCCCCAUUGGCGUUCCAAUGUCCGUCACAUUUCAAAAGUACCACCUUGAGCACCACCGUUUCCAAGGAGUCGAUGGAAUUGACAUGGACAUCCCUAGCUACACCGAAGCUCAUGCUGUUAAGAAUGCCAUCACCAAAUCCAUUUGGGUCAUCUUCCAACUUUUCUUCUAUGCAUUCCGGCCCCUCUUCAUCAAGCCAAAGAAACCAGGAAUGUGGGAGUUCAUCAACCUGCUAAUCCAGUUUUCCCUGGACUUCUACAUGGUAUAUUUCUGGGGAUGGAAGUCUCUUGCCUAUCUUAUUCUAUCAACUUUUGUUGGUGGAGGAAUGCAUCCAAUGGCUGGUCACUUCAUUUCUGAGCAUUAUGUGUUCCAUCCUGAACAGGAGACCUAUUCUUACUAUGGUCCACUGAAUGUUAUGACAUGGAGUGUUGGUUACCAUAAUGAGCACCAUGAUUUCCCCAGGAUUUCAGGAAGCAGGCUUCAUAAAUUAAAGGAGAUAGCUCCGGAAUACUACAUGAAUUUGAAAUCAUACAAAUCAUGGAGCCAGGUGAUCUACAUGUAUAUCAUGGAUCGAACAGUAGGUCCCUUCAGCCGGAUGAAGAGGAAGGUGGCUACAAAGGUGAAGAAACCAGAGUAGGUUACUCACUGCUGUUUCUCUUUGGAAAUUCCUCGUGCAAAUAAAGCUACCUUCCGUGUUCCAGUGACUUCAAAUUCUGGGCUUUGUAGUGGUGCCUGUUCUAGUAGUGAGGGAAUCAUUCAUUUCUCUAUUGCUUGGCUCGACCAAAUUCGAUGUUCUCUUUAUAUUUAUAUCAUUUUUUAAAUAAUCAUUCUUAUAAACCUGAAUGUUUUUGUAACGACUGAUCUCAUGUGUUCAGUUGUGUGGUUCUUGUUCUAAUAUCAUUUAUUUGAUGUUCAAAUAGUAAAAAGGAAGUGCAUCCU